CCUAACGCAAGCAACGGAGUGUGUAAGGCACAUCCGGGUGUCGGAGGCAGAAGGCCGGUUUUAGGGGAUUCAGGAGAGUAUCCUGGGAAACAGGAGCAGGGCGCCAAUUCCAAGCCAGAAGCGCGAGCACCUGUACAGCACCAGGUUGAGACUGCGCACCAGCCCAGCCCUCGCCUUGGAACCCCCUACCGGGUCGCUUUGGGACCCACCAGAAGAAAGCAGAUCGCCCUCCUACUUGCUGACAUGAUGCUGGCCGCCCGUCUCAGACCCCUGUCGCAGCUCCCAGGAAAAACUCUAAGUGUCUGUGACAGAAACAGUGUGACAAGACACACACUCUUGUUUUACCCAGACUCUUUCACGGCAACCACCCGUCGGACUUAUGCCAGCGAGGCAAAUGAGGCGAGCGGCAAAGCUGUUCUCAUCACAGGCUGCGACUCCGGAUUUGGGUUCUCUUUGGCCAAACAUCUACACUCAAAAGGUUUCCUUGUAUUUGCUGGCUGCUUAAUGAAGGACAAAGGUGAUGCUGGGGUCAAGGAGCUGGACAGUUUAAAGAGUGACCGCCUGAGAACUGUCCAGCUCAAUGUCUGCAACAGCGAAGAGAUAGAGAAAGCAGUGGAGACCAUCCGCUCCGGCCUGAAGGACCCUGAGAAGGGAAUGUGGGGCCUGGUUAACAAUGCAGGCAUUUCAACAUUUGGAGAGGUGGAGUUCACCAGCAUGGAGACGUAUAAGGAGGUGGCAGAAGUGAACCUCUGGGGCACGGUACGCACGACAAAAUCCUUCCUCCCCCUUCUCCGGAGAGCCAAAGGCCGUGUUGUUAAUAUCAGCAGCAUGCUGGGCCGCAUGGCCAACCCAGCCCGCUCGCCAUACUGCAUCACCAAGUUCGGGGUAGAGGCUUUCUCUGACUGCCUGCGCUAUGAGAUGCACCCUUUGGGCGUGAAGGUCAGUGUGGUGGAGCCCGGCAAUUUCAUCGCUGCCACCAGUCUGUAUAGCCCUGAGCGUAUCCAGGCCAUCGCCAAGAAGAUGUGGGACGAGCUUCCCGAGGUUGUUCGCAAAGACUACGGCAAGAAGUACUUCGAUGAGAAGAUCGCCAAGAUGGAGACCUACUGCAACAGCGGCUCCACAGACACCUCCUCUGUCAUCGAUGCUGUCACACACGCCCUGACUGCCGCCACCCCCUACACCCGCUACCACCCCAUGGACUACUACUGGUGGCUGCGAAUGCAGAUCAUGACACACUUGCCGGGAGCCAUCUCUGACAAGAUCUACAUACACUGAAGAGGCUCCUGUGUCCUCUGCCACGGGAUCUGGUGGGAGGGGGAAGGCUGAGGGGAGGGAGUUCAUACGGUUACCUUUUGAUGACUUGCUAUGGAACAUCCACGGUCGUAGGAAGACUUAUCUUAGCAUUAACCUUACUUGUUCACGUGGUGGUAGGCCUUCACAGAUGUGGGGGUCACAGGUGGGUGACCCUAAGCCUCAAGGCCAACAUGGUGCUUCUAUCUAGUUCAAGUUGAUUUUAUACAAAGAUUUGUGGGAAAUACCUUUCUAUUAAAAACAGAUUAUUAGACUAGUAUCCAAAAUCAUUUCUAAGCCAAAGCAUCUGUUCAAAAUAUUUAUCCCAUUUAAUCCUUAAGCUAGUCUCACGAGUAAAAAGAACAGAUUUUUUUUUCUUGUGUGCAGGAAGAAUUUGCAGCUCCGUGGCACGUGGGUGCAAUGAAAUACCCCUUCCAUUGCACCCAGGUGAUCCUGCUCGUGCUUGGGCAUUGCCGUAAGACUCACCACAUUGUGUUCCAGGGACACCUUGGACCCAUUGAUCCCUGAACCCUCUUACCAGCAGAGUGUCUUCUCUUGAGACAGUCACACCAGGUGCUACUGUGUGUUCUCUGCCCAUCCAUGGCACUGUGCGACUGGUGGCCAGCAGCCACUGACUCUCAGCUGGCUAGGGAUGGGAGAUCUAGAGGUUGCCAGCUGAGGUUUCUCCACCAUCUUUGAAGACUCAGGUUGGGUCUGGGCAGAGGUGCUCUUUGCCUAGGAAUAUGGUUUGGUUUCGCCUUGGUGCUAUCCUUGGGGCUGUAGACAGAUUAGCAGGGCCAAGGCUGGGCACUGAGACAUCUCCCUAGCAAUGGGUCUGGGUACCUACUGUCUCAUGUGCUUAUGUGGUGCAUGCUCACUCGCGCGCACAGACACACACACACAGACACACACCUGCUCCACAGGACUUCAGGGUGGUCACCUCUCCUUCCUACUGUAAACAUUUUUUAAUUAUGCUGAGACACUGCUAGGCAGUCUGUGUUGCCCAUCAGGAAGGUUUGAAUUUGAAGGCUGCCUGUCCCUCUAGUUGAUCAGGGUCUGGGUAUUUGGAUCCAAACCAAGUACUGCCUUCUUCCUGGUGGUGUCAAGCCGUGAGCUAGAGAGUGCCUUUUGUGGCAAAAUCCCGACCUGCCACCAGAGGGAGCCAUGCCUCCUCGGCUAGAGUCUGCUCAGGCGUUUUUUCUUCCACACAAGCUUGAGGUCCUCCAAGAGCGUUUGACCACCUACUUAGACACUGCCUGGGAACAAAGAAAGAAGCAAAGCCCCUUUAGAAACGGUGAUCCUUACACUCCCAAGCAGCUGUCUGGCCUAAACCCGGAGCCCAGUGCCAGGAGAGAGCAAAGGAACCUAGGCAGCUAGACCAGGCUGCCGGGUGCAGCCUUUCUGAAGCUAAGAGGGUUCCACAGAGAGCAAAUUCAGCUUGCCGUUUGGGCUUUGGACCGCUCCGGAUUCAAACAGGGGUACCCGGUUCCAGCCCCUGUGUUCAGGCAAGACAGAUAGGGCCUGGGAGGGAAGGAAAGAGGGAGGCGGGGCCUCAGGGUCCAGAGAGCUCCCUCCCAGCAGCGAGCCCACGGCACCAAGCCGCUUUUGUACUGCAGUGACUGUUUCCAGCUGGAGCCUUCAGGUGGCGUUUUUACAUCUUGGAGAAUUUGUUUUCGUGCUUAAUAAAGAGAUUGGUUGUAACA